GUGACAUUGUUGGCGGAUUUGCUGAGGACACACAAAAAGCAGUCCACCUGAGUCAGUAUGAAUGGUCCCUUCAUUCCCAGACGGGAACCAGGGCCUGACCUCUCCUGUCUGCACCAGUACAAUGAGUGGCUGGCAUGUAGGCAUGAGUCCAGUCUACUGCCCAUGAAAGAAGACCUGGCCACCUGGCUUAACAGAAUCCUUGGUUUGGAUGUAACAGCGGAUAACUUCAUGGACAGACUAGACACUGGCGUUGUCCUGUGUCAGCUUGCAGAGGCGCUACAGGAGAAGAUGAUUCUGGCCAGCAGCGGAAAGCCCUUUAUUCGCCGUGUGAUUCGCUGGCGGCCUGAUGCAGCCUCUGGAUCAUUCUUUGCCCGAGACAAUACAGCUAACUUUCUGUACUGGUGCCGUAAAAUUGGAGUGGAGCAAUCACACCUGUUUGAAUCUGAAGAUCUUGUUCUUCAGAAGCAUCCCAGAGAUGUGUGCCUGUGUCUCAUGCAACUUGCGAGAAUUGCUUCCAGGUACGGCAUUGAGCCACCUGCACUGGUCAAGCUGGAGAAAGAGAUUGAGAAAGAAGAAGAUGAGUCUUUGUCACCAUCCAUGUUCUUCGCCUCACCUCUGCCGUCUCCCUCCACCCCACCUGUUUUUUUCCCUCCUGAUCCAGAACCCCCUCCAGUCUCAAUCCCCUCAUCCAUCUCUCCUCCUCCUGACCCCUCUCCCUCUCCUCCUCUGGCCCCUACCCCUCCCCCAGAGUCCACAUCCAUUUUCACUGACCCAAACACCCAGUCUGAACCUCAGCAAACUUCACCAACUCCACCAUCACCCAUCAGGACACCCGUCAAAUCAACACCACCCUCACAGUCAAACAGCCUUGUGAAGACUAGUGGGAAAAAGAGUAGCGGUAACCUGCUGGAUGAGAUUGUGAGACGGAUAUCAGAAGAUCCACCAUGCAAAUGCCCAGUCAAAUUCUGCAUUGAGAAGCAGCCUAAAGGUCAUUAUCGUGUUGGAGACAAAGUCCUCUAUGUCAGGAUGCUGAAUGAUAAACAUGCCAUGGUUCGUGUUGGGGGUGGAUGGGAGACCUUUGGUACUUACUUGUUAAAGCAUGACCCGUGCAAGAUGACUGAGAUCGCUCGGCCUGGAACCAAAACCUGCAAGCCUAACGGCAGGUCCCCAGUCAAGAGAGAGCUGUCCCGGGACAGUUAUUUGGUCGUAGGUACUCAUUCUCGCUUCAAGAAGUAAUGUGACUCAGUAACUGCUACUUCUGUUAAAUCAACAGGCUGAUUUUUUUUUUUUUUUUUCCAUAAGAGGGAAGCAGCCCAGGUGGCUUGAUUUGUUUUUGUUUGUUUUUUUGGAUGUUGUAGUUAAUAUUUUUCUUUAGGGCAGUGGUCUUCUAAUAUGUCACAGGCCUGUUCUGAUAGGGUCGCAGACAGCUUAUCAACUUAUAAAAAGGAUGAAAAUGCUUUUGAAAAAGAUGAAAAAAGUGAGAAAAAACUGUGCAAGCUGAAAGAAAUUGACCAUAUGACCAAAAAACCACCUGGGAUCAUAAAACCAUUGAAAUUUAAUUGACACUCAAAGUCUAAGAAAUUAAAUCAAACUUCUGUUUGUCUGUGCAUUUACAAAAUUGCUUACGUAUUCAGCCCAAGGCAUGUUAAUGUCGCAUAUUAAUGAAUCUAUGAUUGUAUUAUUACAUUUCAAUGUUUAAGUUUAUUUUUAAAGAACAUUCAGUUUACUUUUAUAUGAUACACAAUUUUAAUGUACUGGGUCACCAUUUGAUGUCCAAUGUAAAAUCUGGCCUGACACAAAUAUUGACCCAUAUGUUUUUAUAAAGGGUAUCUCAUAUCUCCUGGGUUUUGUUUGCAGAUAUUAAGAAUUUUUCAUCUCCCUCUGUCUUUUUAUGCUAAAUUUUUAAAGCAUAAAGGGCAGGAUCUCUGUUGAAUCAUUUACCGGGAAGCCAAUAUCGAUUUACUUAAUUUUUAUUUUACUGUAACCUUUAAUUCUGAUUUAUGGGUGUUGUAUGCUGACUUCACAGAGACAUUUCUGUAAUGUAUUCUCAGUGAGGGUUUAAAGUGAACAUGUUCCACAAAGAUCCACUAGGUGGUGCCAUAUAUCAAAUGAUUAACUGUAUUUCAGUACUACGUACGUGGCAUUACUGCAAUAUUGCCUUUAUAUGUGAAAUUUGUCUAGAAUACUGUGAACAUAUAGCUAUGCAGUAUAGAAA